AUGAGGUUCCUUAAGUUCACAGCUUCCAUCGCCCUUACAUCGGUAGUCGCUGCGGUACCUGAUCUGUCCAAGGUCAGGAGAGAUGCUUCGUCGAACUCGACCUGCGUCUCUCAAAGUGACGCCGAGAGCAUCGUGGCCGAGUUCAUCACGGUCAUGGAACACAAAGAUAUCAACACUGCCAACGAGACGGUGCUAGAGCUUCUGAGUGACAGUUUCACCGAGGCAAGUGACUCGAUCAACACAAUUGCAGGCAACGCUCUCGGCAGUAUCACCUUUCCCAACAAGGGAGCUUACAUUGCUUCCGUUCUGAAUGCACCGGCACCGCGCAACAUCACAACGCUCAAGCUCAUGCCCGCUGGCUGUACCAAUAUUCUGUGGUAUUGGAAGAUGCAGGUUGGUACGGACUUGGUGCCGGUCCAAGGGUUCAAUUUGAUGGAAGUCGGUGGGAACAACAAACUACUUGGUCAACUCAUUGAGUUCAACAGUAUCGCCUGGGCCGUCAACACAGGAUUCACCGUCAAGAACCGUGCUGGGCAGAACGUCCCCGUGGCAGGCCAAGUCUCGGCUCCUGCCUCCGGCCUUGCUUCCUCGGCUUCAAGCGUGUCAGCGACUUCAGUGCUGCCUCUCUUGCUGACGGCUGUGGUCGGCUACUGGGGAGCUCGUCUAUGA